ACAUUUCAGAGGGUAAGUUUUAUCUAUUAUUUUAAACAUACCUUGUUCUUAAAUUGUUGUCUUCCCUUCUACCCAUACUGCCUUUUAAUGUGUCACCAACUAUUUACAUUUCAGAUGGACGACUCUUCCACCCAUGUCUCUACGACAGAAAGCCAACCAAGGGAGACAGUGGAAGUAGAAGUGGAGGUGACAAAUGAAGGAAAGAGGGUGGUGGAAGAUAUUCAACCAACCUUUGAUGUGAUAUCAGAGAAGACAGUGAUAGUAACAAUGCACUGGCUAAGAGGGUUGAAGAUCAGAUUUCAAAGAGAGUAAAGGGAAUUAUGAGCGAGGGCCUAUUUCUAAUUUCAAGUUCCAAGAAGAUGAAGUCAGCCUUGAAAUUCAAGAAAGCUGCGGAAAUGGAUGGAAUAUGAUGGAACUAACCCCACUCGAGGUUUUCAAGCGGGGUGUUGAUAGGUUUAGUGCUCGCAAGGAGCUGUGUACAUGUCAAGUGAAAGUCUGGUGCGAGAAUGAGGAAGCUCCAAAGCAUCUGGCUCAGAGAGUAUUAAUCAAGGGAGCUAAAAAGCAGUGCAAUUUCUUAACUGUGACCUCCCCAACAACAUGUCUAACUAAGCCUGUUCUGCCUUCAAGUACUCCCUCUAGGACCACAUCUGUGGAUACCACAGUACCUUUUAAUGUCAAGCCAAAGUUUAUGGCUGACUUGUCUAAUGAGUUGGGGGAUCUGACGUGGAGUGAAAUCAAGUCUCUGGCAGUACAACUGGAGAUUGACUACAAUGAACUAUUGAAGAUAGAGGAGCAGACUAACCAGGCCACUGACCGUAUGCACCGAGCAUUGAACAUUUGGCUGGAAAAAGAUCCCAAUGCUUCAUGGGAGAAAGUGAUAAAUGCCCUCGAUCGUGUAAAGGGGAAAGAUGUACUGAUCCAAAAACUGAAAGAGAAAUAUCUUCCUCCUCAAUCUCCAGGUCUACAAGCUGGUGGCCAGUGAAGUCGCCAGUGAAGUCCAUGCUAUUUUGAUAAUAAUAAUAUUUUUAUACUUGUAAAUAUGUGUAGCAUUUGAGCCUUGAAAUGAUAAAGUGCUCGGGUACUACAUUAGUAUGUUGCAGGUCGUAGUGCAGCCACUCCUGUCUGCAAUCCGUUUGAAUUUCAUUUAUAAUAGGUCUUCACAAGGCAGAGUGGUUGAGGAUAAUAGGGAUUGCUCGAUCCUUGGAGGGCUAUAGCCGGUGACGGUAUUUAGCAUGCACCUACAUAAUUAUAUCAAGACGUAUAAUGCGCAAAAUUGUUGCCAUGCAUACAUUUUGUUCUCAUUC